AUGUAUGUGCACGAGCACGACAACAACAGGAUGGUGGGUCAGUGCAGUACUAGAUGCCCUGAUGAGCAUAUCACGCAUUCGGUAGCCAGGCAGGACUGCAACGGUACAGGAUGUUGCACCACCAACGUUUUCGCCGAGUUUGCUACCGGCCUCGACUUCAAGUUUGUCCGCCACAAGAUUGGAAAGUUGAAGUUAAAAGCGCACAGUAACCCAAGCUCCAUAUGGGAUACAAUUGAUGUAACCUCUGAUCGUGCUUCUAUUUACUGGGAUAUCGCCGUUGAUGGACCUGUCACAGAUUAUGCAUGUCCCAGCAACCAUAGCAGCGGACAAUUCGUUGCAUCUCGGGUCAUUUAUUAUUGUGGGUACGACAGUGAUUACAGAGGCAGUCGACACAUAACCGAUGGCUGCUCGGGUGACAAAGGGUAUGAACCGAUGCAACGGAAGACCAACUGCUCUAUAUGGUGUGGGGAAAUCAAUGUCCCUUUUCCAUUUAGCCUAGAGGACGGUUGUUCUGCAAGGAUGUCAUUUCAGUUCACCUGUUCAAAUUCAUCAAUGUCCGACCUCCGGUUUCUUGACGAGUUAGACGAUGCAUACAACAUGGCUUAUGUAAAGCAUGUAAGUAUUACGGAGGGGCUAGUGAAUGUUAAAUACAGCUUAUCUGACCGAUACGACCUCUCGCUGCAAGCACCUCAAGAUCUGGGCUUCUAUGUUGACUCCGGGGGUGUAUUACCACAGCAGUUGGCCGUAGCCAAUUUGACAUGCCACGAGGCACAGGAGAAUAGGACCAGUUAUGCAUGUGUCAGCUUGAAUAGCACACGCUUGGGUCUCAACUCUGAACGAGAAUAUGUCGGUUACCGUUGCAAAUGUGUGCCCGGCUUUGACGGGAAUCCAUAUAUCCCGGAUGGGUGCAAAGAUGUUGACGAGUGCAUGACAUCAGGCACAUGUUAUGGGAUUUGUCAUAACACCGAAGGAGGUUACUAUUGCACUGAAUGUCCUAGUAAUACAGUGUAUGAUACUACAUUAAAGAUGUGCACAUCGACAAAAAAACUGGUAGUGGGUAUCGCCAUUGGAAUUAGUGUUGGUUUUGGAAUUCUACUUCUCAUAUCAAUUGUAAUAUUAUUCAUCCGUACAUGGGAAAAAGACACCAAGAAGAAACUACGAAGAAAGCAUUUUCGGCAGAACCAAGGUCUACUUCUCGAACAAUUGAUAUCAUCAGAUGAAAAUGCAAGUGACAACACUAAGAUUUUCUCACUAUCAGAGUUAGAGAAGGCAACAAAUAACUUUGAUCCAACACGUAUUGUUGGCCGUGGAGGGCAUGGCAUGGUUUAUAAAGGCAUCUUAUCUGACCAACGGGUAGUGGCCAUAAAGAAGUCUAAAGUCAUUGAGCAAGUUGAGAUAAGCCAAUUUAUCAAUGAGGUUGCUGUCCUCUCCCAGGUAAAUCACCGGAAUAUCGUGAAGCUCUUCGGCUGUUGUCUUGAGACCGAAGUCCCACUGCUAGUGUAUGACUUCAUCCCUAAUGGUUCAUUAUUUGGAAUCCUUCACGCCGGUACCACUAGCGGCCUUGUCUUGUCCUGGGAUGAUUGUUUGAAAAUUGCUGCAGAAGCUGCUGGAGCACUCUAUUACCUCCACUCAGCUGCUUCAGUAUCGAUAUUUCAUCGUGAUGUGAAGUCCACUAACAUACUCUUAGAUGGAAAUUACACUGCAAAAGUAUCAGAUUUUGGCGCUUCAAGGUUGGUUCCUAUUGACCAAACUCAUGUCGUUACAAAUAUACAAGGCACAUUUGGAUACUUAGACCCGGAAUAUUACCACACUGGUAUGUUGAAUGAGAAGAGUGAUGUCUAUAGUUUUGGUGUAGUACUUGUAGAGUUGCUGCUCAGAAAGAAGCCUAUUUUUACAAGUGACUCUGGGCUAACGCAAAACUUGUCCAACUACUUCCUUUGGGAGAUGAGGGAGAAACCACUUGCAGAAAUAGUCGCUACUCAAGUUCUUGAUGAAGCAACAAAUGAAGAGAUUAAUGACGUCGCCAAUCUUGCGGAGACUUGCUUGCAACUACGAGGUGAAGAGAGACCUACAAUGAAAGAAGUGGAGAUGAAACUACAGUAUGUGCGAUCUAAAAGGUUAAGAUCAUGCCAGGUUGUUGUAAAAAAUGAAGACAUGCAACCCUUGUUAAGUGGACAAAGCCACGGCACUCUUCCGAUGUUGACUACUCAAAGUGGUAUAGCAGACAGAGUUAAUAUAGCUUCUCAAAGGAACCAAAAUUGCUACAGCUUGGAGCAAGAGUUCAUGGCAUCGGCGACUCUCCCACGCUAG